AGAAAAAAGGACUGUAGCUAUUAAUACUAGUAAACAUAGUUGUAUCAAUGACAAGUAAGAUCACUAGCUAAAGAGAUAGAGAGAGAAAAUCACAGAUCAAUAGAGAGAGAAAAUCACAGAUCAUUCUUCUUUGCAAAUUACUCGUCAUUCAACAGAUUUCAGAAAUGGCUGGCUUAGACAUUGGCUUAGCAGUUGGUGGUGCAUUUCUCUCUUCAGCUUUGAAUGUUCUCUUUGAUAGGCUUGCUCCUCAGGGUGAGCUGUUCAAGAUGUUUCAGAAGCAUAAGGAUGAGGAUGGUGUUCAGCUCUUAGAGAAGCUGGAGGACAUUUUGGUUGGACUUCAGAGUGUGCUAAGUGAUGCAGAGAAUAAGCAAGCAUCAAAUCGAUCCGUGAGCCGGUGGUUUAAUAAGCUUCAGUAUGCUGUGGACGGUGCUGAAAACUUAAUAGAAGAAGUCAAUUAUGAAGCUUUGAGGCUGAAGGUGGAAAGUCAGCAUCAAAACAUUGCUGAAGGAAUAAGCAACUUGCAGGUAAGUGACCUUCAUUUGGGCCUAAGUGAUGAAUUUUUUCGUAACAUAAGGAGGAAGUUGGAAUACACCUAUGGAAAGUUGAAGGUGUUGCAAGAGCAAAUAGGUGACCUUCAUCUGACAAAGAAUCUUGAUUCGGGUAAUCAAGGAAAAAGGGAAUCUUCAACUUCUUUGGUUGAUGAAUCUGAUAUCUUUGGAAGGCAGAGUGAAAUAAAGGAAUUGGUUGACCAUUUAUUGUCUGAAGAUGCAAAUGGAAAAAAUCUGACUGUAGUCCCUAUUGUUGGCAUGGGGGGCGUGGGCAAGACAACACUUGCUCAAGCAGUUUACAAUGAUAAGAAGGUGGAAAAACAUUUUGAUCUGAAAGCUUGGGUUUGCGUGUCUGAGUCGUAUGAUGCUUCAAGAAUAACAAAAGAGUUACUUCAGGAGAUUGAAUCAUUUGACUUAAAGGAUGAUAACAAUCUUGAUAAGCUGAAGGUCAAAUUGAAGGAAAAGCUAACGGGAAAAAGAUUUCUAGUUGUCCUUGAUGAUGUGUGGAAUGAUAACUAUAAUGAGUGGGAUGAGUUGAGAAAGAUUUUUGUACAAGGAAAAAUAGGAAGUAAGAUAAUUGUAACGACACGUAAGGGAGGUGUUGCCUUGAUGAUGGGUCGUGGGGAAAUCAACGUGGGCACUCUGUCUAGUGAAGUCUCUUGGUCUUUAUUCAAAAGACAUGCAUUUCAAAACAUAGAUCCUAAGGAGCAUCCACAACUUGAAGAGGUAGGGAAAAAAAUUGCAGCUAAGUGCAAUGGAUUGCCCUUAGCUCUAAAGACACUCGCUGGCAUGUUACGCUCCAAAUCAGAGGUUAAAGAGUGGGAAUAUAUUUUGAGAAGUGAAAUAUGGGAGUUGCAAAGUCGUUCGAAUGGUAUAUUACCAGCGUUAUGGUUGAGCUACAAUGAUCUUCCUGCACAUUUAAAGCAAUGUUUUGCUUAUUGUGCAAUAUAUCCCAAAGGUUAUCAAUUUAGCAAAGACCAAGUUAUUCACUUGUGGAUUGCAAAUCGUCUUGUACAGCAUUUGGAUUCAGGUGAGAAAGAUUUUCUCGAUUUGAGAUCCAGAUCAUUGUUCGAAAGGGUCCUAGUGUCUUCUAAAUGGAAUCUGGAGAGAUUCUUAAUGCAUGACCUUGUCAAUGAUGUGGCCCAAAUUGCAUCUUCAAAAGGUUGUAUCAGGUUGGAAGAUAACGAAGGAUCUCAUGUUUUGGGAAAGAGUCGACACCUGUCAUAUUCAAUGGGAUUUGAUGGUGAAUUUGAAAAGUUGAAACCCCUCUGCAAUUUGGAGCAGCUGAGGACAUUGCUUCCAAUCAAUAUCCACCCCAGUAACCCUUUCUUUAAUCUUAUGGGCCCCCAUAGCUCUAUGAGCAAGAGGGUGCUGCAUAACAUAUUGCCAACACUAAGAUCCUUAAGGGCACUAUCACUGUCUCGUUAUAACAAUAGGGAGUUGCCGAAUGUCUUGUUUAUCAAAUUAAAACUCCUAAGAUAUUUGGACCUUUCUUGGACAGUGAUAAGAAAAUUACCAGAUUCCAUUUGUGCACUGUAUAACUUAGAGACACUUCUCCUGUCACAUUGUAGUUGUCUUAAGGAGUUACCACCGCAGAUGGAAAGGUUGAUCAACUUGCGUCACCUUGACAUUAGCUGCACUUCUCGCUUGAAGAUGCCGCUACAUCUGAGCAAGUUGAAAAGCCUUCAUAUGCUAGUGGGAGCUAAAUGUUGUAUAGGUGGUAGCAGUGGUUCGAAAAUUGAAAAUUUGGGUACACUACAUAACUUGUAUGGAUCUCUAUCAAUUCUAGAGUUGGAAAAUGUGGUUGAUAGAACGGAAGCUCUGAAGGCAAAGAUGAGGGAAAAGGAACAUGUUGAUAUGUUAUCAUUGGAGUGGAGUGAAAUUAAUGCUGCAGAUUCACAAAUUGAAAAAGCCAUACUUGAAAAGCUACACCCACACACAAACAUAAAAAAACUCCAAAUCGCUGGAUAUAGAGGGACAAAUUUUCCAUAUUGGUUAGCUGAUCAUUCGUUUCUUAAGCUGGUGGAAUUCUCUCUUAGCAACUGCAAGGACUGUUAUUCCUUGCCACCACUAGGACAGCUUCCUUCAUUGAAAUUCCUCGCCAUUAGAGAGAUGCAUCAAAUAACAGAUGUGACCGAAGAAUUCUAUGGCAGUUCGUCAUCCAAAAAGCCUUUUAACUCUCUUGAGAAGCUUGAAUUUGCAAAGAUGUGGAACUGGAAGCAGUGGCAUGUACUGGGGAAGGGAGAGUUCCCUUUACUUCGGGAGCUUUCAAUUGAUUAUUGCCCCAUGUUGAUUGGGAAGUUGCCUGACAAUCUCUGUUCUCUAACAACAUUGAGAAUUUCAAAAUGUCCUGAACUCAAUUUGGAGACACCUAUCCAACUUUCAUCCCAACUUCUGGGAAUGAAGCAGAUUGUUCACUUAAAUAUUGAAGAUUGUCAGUCUCUUACCUCCUUACCUAUUAGCAUUCUGUCGAAUACCUUGAAGACAAUAGGGAUAUAUAAUUGUGGGAAAUUGAAAUUGGAGGCGUCAGUUGGUGAGAUGAUUUCUAUAGGAAAUUGUAACAUGUUUCUCGAGAGAUUGAGUCUAUGUGGAUGUGAUUCUAUAGAUGAUAUAUCGCAUGAGUGGGUCCCAAGAGCACGUCAUUUGUGGGUAACGAAUUUCCACAGCCUUAAAAGGCUUUUGAUUCCUACUGGGACUGAAACUCUCAAUAUUGGGAAAUGUGAGAAUUUUAAAAGACUUACGGUGGCAUGUGAGACCCAGAUGACGUCAUUGUAUAUUUACGAAUGCGAGAAGGUGAAGUGGCUGCCAGAACGUAUGCAGGAACUCCUUCCAUCUCUUAAGAGACUAAAUCUGCAUGAUUGUCCAGAAAUAGAGUCCUUUCCUGAAGGAGGAUUGCCCUUCAAUUUAGAAGUCCUUGUGAUCUACCAUUGCAAGAAACUGGUGAAUGGCCGAAAGGAGUGGCGUUUACAGAGACUCCCCUGUCUCAGAGAGUUACAGAUCUUCCAUGAUGGCAGCGAUGAAGAGAUUCUUGUUGGUGAGAAUUGGGAGUUGCCUUGCUCUAUUCGAAGACUUAUAAUAUCCAAUCUGAAAACAUUAAGUAGCCAAGUUCUCAAAAGCCUCACCUCUCUUGAAUUUCUAGAUACUAGUAAUUUACCUCAAAUUCAGUCACUGCUGGAAGAAGGGCUUCCCUCAUCUCUUUCUGAGCUAAUAUUACAUAAACAUGAUGAGCUCCAUUCACUACCGAUGGAAGGUCUUCUGCGCCUCACUUCUCUUCAAUGUCUACAGAUCUGGUAUUGCCCUAAUCUCCAAUCUAUUCCAAAAUCAGCGCUGCCCUCUUCCCUCUUUGAGCUGACCAUCUGGGAUUGCCCUAAUCUCCAAUCUAUUCCAGAAUCAGCGCUGCCCUCCUCCCUCUCUAUGUUGACCAUCACUAAUUGCCCUAAUCUCCAAUCUAUUCCAGAAUCAACGCUGCCCUCUUCCCUCUCUGAGCUGGAUAUCUAUAAUUGCCCUAAUCUCCAAUCCCUUCCAGUAAAAGGGAUGCCCUCCUCCCUCUCUAAACUAUCUAUUUCCAGGUGCCCAUUGCUCAAACCACUCCUAGAAUUUGACAAGGGAGAAUACUGGCCAAAUAUUGCUCAUAUUCCCACCAUUUGCAACGAGGAAUACCUGUGAUGAUUAUAACGAAUGGUGCUCUCUCACAUCGUCAAUUGCACUGUGAAGACGAGGAAUCGUCUUCAAAUCAGAGAUGAAUUUAAUUUUAGAUGACGAAAAAAGUGAGUUGAGCAAGGAGGAGGUGGUUUAGAGUAAUGCACAUGUUCACUAUCGAAUGCAAAGCUCUAAUACAAUUCAAAGGAUUUUGGUAAUGACAUAUAAGUUAUUAUAGCUCUUGGCUCGGUUAGUGAAAGUAAAGUUGUGCUGAUAUUCUUUGUUGAAUAGUCAAUCACCCUGACUGUGAUUUAUCAGCAAAUUUAUAUAGAUUUGAUGGUAGCUAAGAUGAGGCCUGGCACUGUUUCAAGUUUUCUUCCAAAAUAUUAGAACAAAUCAUAUGGCAAUGUUUGACAAAAGGGUAAACAUUUUUCCAGAAGCCUCUCCUAACGGAACCAAACUAAAAAGACAACUCUGUGUGAUCAUCAGAAGGAGGAUUGCCCUUCAAUUUAGAAGUCCUUAGGAUCAACAAUUGCAAGAAACUAGUGAAUAACCAAAAGGAGUGGCGUUUACAGAGACUCGCCUGUCUCAGAGAGUUGCGGAUCUACCACACUGGCAGUGACGAAGAGAUUAGAAUUGGGAAUUGCCUACCUCUAUUCGAAGUCUUGGCAUACCUGAUCUAAAAACAUUAAGCAGCCAAGUUCUCAAAAGCCUCACCUCUCUUGAAUAUACAUAUACUGGUAAUUUACCUCAAAUUCAGUCACUGCUGGAAGAAGGGCUUCCCUCGUCUCUCUCUGCGCUAAAAUUAUAUGGGCAUCAUGAGCUCCAUUCACUACCGACCGAAGGUUUUCUGCGCCUUACUUCCCUUCAACAUCUAUCCAUCGAGGCUUGCUGUAAUCUCCAAUCUAUUCCAGAAUCAGCGCUGCCCUUCUCCCUCUCUAGGCUGACCAUCUAUGAUUGUCCUAAUCCCUUCCAGUAAAAGGGAUGCCCUCUUCCAUCUCUACACUCUCUAUUACCUUCUGCCCAUUGCUCAAGCCACUCCUAGAAUUUGACAAUACUGCCCAAUAUUGCUCAUAUUCCCACCAUAAUGAUCGAUUGGAAAUACCAGUAAUGAUUACAACGAAGGUGCUCUCACAAGUACUGGAAAAUUGUUCGCCAUCAUGAAAGCUGUUCGGAUUUGUUCCACAUUUUUUGUCCAAAGGAAUUACGGAACGAAACCUUACUUUCUCAAUCAGGUAGCCAAGACUUGGAACAGAGUUACAUCAAGCUUGGAAUUUAAAGAAACUGGAAAAGACUUCGAAUGUCUGCUUCCAUUGUUUAAGCCAUGUUACAUGGCAUUGAUUUCAAGUUUGAUGUGACUGCAUUUGAUAGCAAAUACUGAGCUUUUGUCAGAAUUUGGAUCUUUACCUCAAUGGUUAAAACAUCAUUUUCUUGUUUUGGAUAUUCCGAGAUUUGGACUGAUAACUUUGGAGAUUAUGAAGUUUCCUUCAAAUUAUUUCUA